UCUGCAUUCUGGAGAGACACACAACUCUGCACACAUCCAUACAUCCUGGGGAAUCACUUCAUCCAUCCGCCUGGAAUCCCACCGGGAUCUGCUCGCCAGGACUGGGAUCUACCACCUUCCCCAUGGUUUUUUUUCCUCCCUCCAUUUUCAGAUUGUGGAUUUUCUAACACAACCCUGGACAACAAAAGCUUCCUCGUAUAAAAGGAGACUCUACCAUCCCCUCCUCCUCCUGCUUCCCUCCCUUCCACCCCUCCUCCCUCCUUCUUUCCCAAGAAGUGAUCCUUGAAGCUGGGGAGAUUGCACAUGUCUGAGGCUUUUCCUAGCCGCUUGGGGGUUUUUGGACUCCUCUUGGUUUCCGGUAGGAAAUGUCAAUGGUGAACAAGUGAGGGAACCUGUUUUUUGUUUUACUUUUUACAUUUUUAAAUUCUAAGUUCCACUUGAAGAUGCACGAAGGAUCGUAGGAUUACUCUACACGAUCCAAGCCCGGGUUUCCCGUGAUCCUAAACUGGUUCCCUUAUUUUUCUUAUGAGACGGACCGACACCGCCAAUCAAAAUAGAGUCCCUCAAGGUGAAAGUCGAUUUUCUGACGGCGCCUUUUGGCCUGAAAAAGCCUGUGCUGAAAGAGGCCACAGCGGUGUUGGCUUCAGUUCCAGGUUCUGGGAAACCGAAAACCGUAAUCGUGGAUCGCCACAAAGGUCGUUACUCUGAAAACAUGGACAACGAGUCCCAAUAUUCUGGGUACUCGUAUAAAUCUGGGCAAUCCCGGAGUUCGCGCAAACACAGAGAUCGAAGGGAAAGACACCGAUCUAAAAGCCGGGACGGCAGCAGCCGAGGAGACAAGUCGGUCACUAUUCAAGCUCCUGGAGAACCGUUGUUAGACAAUGAGUCCACGAGAGGAGAAGAGAGGGAUGACAAUUGGGGUGAAACGACUACAGUUGUCACCGGGACUUCCGAACACAGCAUAUCCCACGAUGACAUUACACGUAUUACUAAGGACAUGGAGGACAGUGCCAACCUGGACUGCUCCCGGCACUUUGGGGUCAUCAUUGGUGGAGCUUUAGCAUUCAUCUCAUUUCUGACCCCUAUAGCCUUUAUGCUGUUGCCCAAAAUUUUACCGUGGGAUCUGGAAAACUGUGGUACGCCUUGUGAGGGUCUGUUUAUCUCAGUGGCCUUCAAACUCCUCAUCCUUCUUGUUGGCAGCUGGGCACUUUUCUUCCGUCGCCCCAAAGCUUUCUUCCCCCGGGUUUUCGUCUUCCGGGCUCUGAUUAUGGUCCUCAUAUUUCUGCUGGUGGUGUCCUAUUGGCUUUUUUACGCAGUCCGUAUCUUGACGACGGCGGAGAAGAAUUACCAGGGGAUAGUACAGUAUGCUGUAUCACUUGUGGAUGCUCUUCUGUUCGUUCACUACUUGGCUGUUGUCUUGCUGGAGCUGAGACAACUCCAACCUCAGUUCACCAUCAAGGUCGUGAGGUCCACGGAUGGAGCCAGCAGACAUUACAAUGUUGGCCAUUUAAGUAUCCAACGAGUUGCUGUAUGGAUUUUGGAAAAUUAUUAUCACGACUUCCCUGUCUACAACCCUGCUCUCCUGAACCUGCCAAAAUCCAUCCUGUCCAAGAAAAUGUCUGGCUUCAAGGUCUACUCCCUCGAGGAAAAUUCGACAAAUAACUCAACAGGACAGUCCCGGGCAGUGAUAGCCGCUGCCGCCAGGAGGAGAGACAACAGCCACAAUGAGUAUUAUUAUGAGGAGGCCGAACACGAGCGGAGAGUGCGGAAGAGGAAAGCAAGGUUGGUGGUUGCCGUAGAAGAAGCUUUUACUCACAUUAAGAGGCUACAGGAAGAGGACCAGAAAAACCCACGUGAGAUCAUGGACCCCAGGGAGGCUGCCCAGGCUAUCUUCGCCUCAAUGGCCAGAGCCAUGCAGAAGUAUCUCCGGACAACGAAACAACAGCCGUACCACUCCAUGGACAGCAUCCUGCAACACCUCGAAUUCUGCCUUACCCACGACAUGACUCCAAAGGCUUUUCUCGAGAGGUAUUUGGGUCCAGGACCAACUAUCCAGUAUCACAAAGACCGCUGGCUGGCUAAACAGUGGACUUUGGUCAGCGAGGAACCAGUAACCAAUGGAUUGAAAGAUGGUGUUGUGUUUGUUCUAAAGCGUCAAGAUUUCAGCUUGGUGGUCAGCACCAAAAAGAUACCCUUCUUUAAGCUUUCAGAAGAAUUUGUAGACCCAAAAUCACAUAAAUUUGUAAUGAGGCUUCAGUCAGAGACCUCAGUUUGAAACAAAGGACCUUCAUCGUGAAGGAAGGGAAUACAAAGUAAAGGUGGCCAAAACUUUCUUACAUCUCUGGUCCUCUUUCUUACUUGAUGGCUUUCUACGAAUUCUAAAGUUGACUUGUUACAAAAGCUCAACAUGCCUUCCUUGGGUAUGCACCAACAGGAACUAGUGUUAACUUCAAUUCUGUUUUGCCCAUCAGAAUAUAAGGACCUACAUGGGUUCUCAUUACUUCCAUUUUUUGAAGGGAAUUAGACCUCAUUCUUCCAGCUACCAGGGUUGUUCAGUGACUCUCCACAGAGCCAGUACUUCUGUAUGGUUAUAAGCAUUAUUUCUCGUCUGUCCAUCUUUGCAAUAAUUGAGAUCUACUACUGUUUGCAUCAAUUGAGACUUCAAGAGAAAGACUACCUGCUCUGCAGUUUCUUCAGGACCUCUCCCUAAACAUCUUCAAGGCCAUCAAGGGAUACAAAUAUUUGGUGCCAAAAGCAAAGGGCUAUCAGUUGAUGCUUUUUCUAUCCUAUGAAUUUCCUGGUGCUGUCCUCACAAGGUCCACUUUCAACCUUUUUUGAAGUAUUAAGUGCUUCAGAAGAUACUCUGAUUCUAAACAGUGUGGUUGAAUCCAGAAAAUGUUACUCCAUUACUGUGCAACCCUCAAAAAGACAGAUGUGACGUGAUGGUUGGCAUGAAUGUUUUUAAAAUUCCAGGCAGGUUUUGCUUAAAAACCACUAAACUUUGGCACUGUUUUUGUUUUUUAAUAGCAAAAAAUAUUUCCAAUUUGUAUAAAAUAGAAACUUCAAAUCUGUAAAUGUACUCUUACAUAUCUAGGCAGGAUGUCAACUUUUUUUAAUUGCAGAAAUGUGUCGCCAUUGUGGUUUGAAAUGUAAAUUCACCUACAUAUUACACCGUACACUUCUCCAACAUUUUGAUUUUAUUUCACGCACCAUUUGUUUUGUGGGUGCCAACCAGGAAAUGACAAAUUCCAUUCCAGUGUGUCUCUGGAUUAACUCGAUAACAGUAUAAGUGCACUAACGGCAUCGUCAUCUUGUUUACAGUCUGCCAUCCCCUUCCAAUUGGUUAGCCUAUUUAUGCCGACAUCAUCAUUUUAGGUGUGACGUUGCUACGUUUUCAUUCUGCUGCCUUUUUUGGGUUGAGUGGCAGAAAAUCUUUUUUUUUAAAAAUAUUAAAAUGUUCAAACUCUUUUUUUUUUUCUUAAUGUGAUGUCUCACUUUUAAUAUAAAAAGGACUUUAACAUUUCUAGCUUCUCACUACUGAAGGACGUGAAAAAUAAUAAAAAAUAAAGUUGUUUUUACACUACCUAA